CAUCUCUUCGUCGUUCUAUUUUACUUCGUUUCAUUUCAUUUCACUUCCUAUGACUUCAUUUCCCUUUAUUUCAUUUCACUUCAUUUCGCGUCACUUCAUGAACACACCCAUCCACAAUGACUAUGCGUGCUAUCUCAUCGAUAAAUUCUUUUGUAAACAUACUUGGCACUGUUCAAGGCUCUUAUCUGAAGAAAUAUACAUACAUAUAUAUUUCUCAUAUAAUUGCAUGCAUGCCAACAACUCGGCUUAACAUUUAAUUGUGCAUUUAUGAUUGUAAAUCAAGUUUCAAGUUUUUGUGGUCAGUAACAAAAUAGGCACACAACCUUGCAGCGCUCUCAACGUUUUGCAGUAAGCGCAGCACGCGAUUCCCAAGAAAUUCCCAUUGUGCGGCUUCGAUUACACUAAGCUCUCUUAUUUAGUCAUUGUUAUUAGUACAUUUGCACUUGCAUCGCCUUGCCGAAGAUCAGUUGUUCAAGAGCCGGUAAACUAUAAAAAUGUCUGUGUUUGCAGUUCUUUUAGCCGCGCUAUUGGCGCUACUCUCGUUUCUGUUCUACUUGCUGCGUCGCCGCAUGAACUAUUGGCGCUACCAAGGCAUACCGCACGAUCGACCACACUUUUUCGCUGGCAAUCUGAAGGGUUUGUUGAAGACGCGCAACUUUGCCGAAAUUUUACUGGAAUUAUACACGCGUCAUAAGGGAACGGGUCCCUUCUGCGGUUACUACCUGUUUCAACGUCCCGCCGUGCUGGUGCUGGACCGGGCGCUCGUGAAGAGUAUACUCAUCAAGGAUUUUAAUAAUUUUGCCGAUCGUGGCCUUUUUCACAACGAAAAGGAUGAUCCACUCACUGGCCAUCUAUUUCGCUUGGAUGGCAAUCAGUGGCGAGGAUUGCGUAGUAAGCUUACGCCCACUUUCACUUCCGGCAAGAUGAAAUUCAUGUUUCCCACCGUAUUGAAAGUGGGCGAUCAGCUGAUGGCUGCGGUGGCGAAACGUUUCGCUGAGGAUGAGCAUGUUUGGGACUGGAAGGAGAUGAUGGCGUGCUUUACCACCGACGUGAUUGGCAACUGUGCCUUCGGCAUUGAGUGUAACAGUCUGCAGGAUCCCCAUGCUGAAUUUCGUGUUAUGGGCCGCAAGAUAAUUGGGGCGCGUCGUCAUGGCGCGCUUGUCAACGCUUUCAUCAACAGCUUUCCGAAUGUGGCGCGUCGCCUGCGCAUGGCCAUCAUGCCACAGGAUAUAACCGAUUUCUUUCUGCGCAUCGUGCACGAAAAUGUUGAGUUUCGUGAGCGAAAUCGUGUGCAUGCCAAUGACUUUAUGAGCAUUCUUAUGGAUUUGAAUAAGGGCAAGCAUUUGAAAAGCGAAAGUGAUGUAGCAUGCGCACUUAGCGUGAGCGAGAUGACCGCACAGGCGUUUGUUUUCUUCGUGGCUGGCUUCGAGACUUCAGCGACAACUUUGGCAUUCGCGCUGUACGAGCUGGCGCUGCAUCCGGACAUACAGACGCAGCUGCGUACGGAGAUCGAAGAGACCAUUCGAAAACAUAAUAACGAGUUCACCUACGAGUGCGUGGAGGAUAUGCAAUACAUGAAACAGGUGCUAGCGGAAACACAGCGGAAAUAUCCGAUCGCGCCGAAUUUAAUGCGCCAAGCAGCCAAGGACUAUGUGGUGGCAGGCCAUCCGAAAUAUGUUAUCAAGAAAGGCAUGAUGGUCACCAUACCGACGAUUGGCAUACACUACGACCCUGAAAUAUAUCCGGAUCCAGAUAAAUUCGAUCCAUCGCGUUUUGCGCCCGAUGCGGUGAAGCUGCGCGACAGCGUCGACUGGUUGCCCUUCGGCGACGGUCCGCGUAAUUGCAUCGGCAUGCGCUUCGGACAGAUGCAGAUGCGCAUCGGUCUGACCUACCUGCUGCGCCAGCUUAAGUUCUCUCCCUGUGAGAGGACACCAAUCCCAAUUGUUUACCAGAAAUCUUUUCCACUAUUUCCACAAGGCGGCAUAUUUUUGAGAGUGGAAAAGGUUUGACGUACCGUACUGAUACAUACAUAGAAAGAUAUACACACUCAUACAUAUGUACUUAUUUGAAAGGGGGUUUCAGCCGGAAUAUACACAAAAGUAUGUGCAUGAGGAUGGUCCAAAAAUGCAGGUGAAAAAAGUAAUUCUCAUCCCUCUAUAUCGAAAAGAUAUACCCCUGCUUUUUAAUUAAAAAAAAACAAGUUUUCGUAGAAAUGGUACAGAAUUCUUGAAAAUAAAUAUUUUUUCAUCGGAAAACUCUGCUUCUCUUCAGGAGACUUCCAUUAAUCAAACCCAAUCGUUUAUUUUACCCUUUUUUAAUACUAGCGAUUUUUUAUGGAUUACCCCCUUGCAUUUU